GCAUUAGUCCUCCCACAGGAAUGAAGCUACUUCCGGCCUCCUUUGGCGCCUUCCUCCAUCCUCUUCCGGGUUAUGGUGGCCUGAUGCCCCGGAUGUAGCCUUGGCGAAAGCAUCCUGCCUUUCUUCCUCCACCUCCCUGAGGGAUCCCAGCUUGAAGAAUUUCCCCUCUGCCAGUCAUGCCAAAGAGGAAAGUGACUUUCCAAGGUGUGGGAGAUGAGGAUGAUGAGAAUGAAAACAGUGCUCCCAAGAAGAAGCUGGUGGACCCUGUAGUUGGGGCAGGGGGUCCUGGGAGUCGCUUCAAAGGCAAACACUCAUUGGACAGCGAUGAGGAAGAUGAUGAUGAUGAGGGGUCCAGUAAAUAUGACAUCCUGGCCUCAGAGGAUGUAGAAGGUCAGGAAGCAGCCACACUCCCCAGUGAGGGAGGCGUACGGAUUACACCCUUCAACUUGCAAGAAGAGAUGGAAGAAGGCCAUUUUGAUGCUGACGGCAACUACUUCCUGAACCGGGAUGCUCAGAUCCGAGACAGCUGGCUGGACAACAUUGACUGGGUGAAGAUCAAGGAGCGGCCACCUGAUCAGCGAAAGGCCUCAGACUCAGAAGAUGAGGACAAUCUGGGCCAGACACCGAUGAGUGCCCAAGCCCUCCUAGAGGGACUUUUAGAGCUGCUCUUGCCAAGGGAGACAGUAGCUGGGGCACUGAGGCGUCUGGGGGCCCGAGGAGGAAGCAAAGGAGGCAGUAAGGGGACAGGGAGGCCUAGCUCCCCUCAACGCCUUGACCGGCUCUCUGGGUUGGCUGACCAGAUGGUGGCCCGAGGCAACCUGGGUGUAUACCAGGAAACAAGGGAACGGUUGGCUAUGCGGCUAAAAGGAUUAGGGUGUCGGACCCAGGGAGCCCCUGACCCCACCCCUCCACCCUCCCUGGACAUGUUUGCUGAGGAAGUAGCUGAGGGGGAGCUGGAAACCCCGACCCCUACCCAGAAAGAAGAAACAGAGUCGUCAGGAGAUGGUCUGAUGGACGUAAUGUGGGAAUAUAAAUGGGAGAACACAGGGGAUGCUGAGCUGUAUGGGCCCUUUACAAGUGCCCAGAUGCAGACCUGGGUGAGUGAAGGCUACUUCCCGGAUGGUGUUUAUUGUCGGAAGCUGGACCCCCCUGGUGGUCAGUUCUACAACUCUAAACGCAUUGACUUUGACCUCUACACCUGAGCCUGUUGAGAGCCCAGUUUGGUGGCCCCUUCUUUUCUGGACAUGGUGGAAGAGGCCCCGGCAGCCUCAGCAGUUGUUAGGACAUUGAAGGCCAUUUUCUUUUCCCAUAAAUCCUUGGCUGCACUGAUGGCCACAAGCCAGGGGCAUACACCAUACCCCCUCUGGCCUUGCCUAGGUCCUUGAGUGUUUCCUCCAUGAAGUUCCUCCUUGGCUGUUUCUCUCUGGUAUAUUGGACCGCGUCAUCUUUGGUGUCUUGAGGUCCCCUUUCCCAAACUCCACUCACUGUGUAGAAAUCCCUUCACUCACACCCUUCUCCAGUCUUUUCUGGGGUUCUUGUUCUGUUCUUCAUGAAUCUUUGACUUUUGGGACUCGAGAUUGUCUGUCCUUUUGGCUCCCAGGGAUAGAGUCUCCGGGUGGAGACUUAAGGCAUGGAAGGGCCACAAAGUCCUUUCUGCUUGCAGUCUCCAUUCCCAGGCUCCUGCUUGUGGCUGGCACUGAGCUAGUGCCUUAAGGAAACAGGUCUUUGGGCUGGUCUGCUGCCAGGAACUUGAGUCUGGUAGAGGAGGCAGAGAACAGGCGUCAUUUUCUUGCCUGGACUAACAUGCUCUACCCCAACCUGUAUUGCCUUAUAACCCACCUCAUUUGUACCAAGUUAGAUUGACGAUUCUAAUUUGCCCCUGUGGCUGUCUCGAGUGCCUGUACGUGAUUGAUGGAACUGGCUGAUACUCAGGUGGUGAUGGCUUCUAGAAGCUCUCCAGGUGUUGCUAGUAUGCCAUCAGCUGAAAACUCUGUGACUCGGGCACUCCCGAAGAGAGACAACACCUUCUGGACCUUUCUAGGGUAACAGCUGAGCUUGUGUGGCUUUGAUGGAGACCAUUCCUUGCAGGGGAUCUGUGCACCAGAGUUAUAGGAUACCCAGGAGUCCCAGGGGAGCAGGGGCCAGCAUGGAAAUGAAGGUUGGGAAGAGAGGGGUUUGAGGCCGAGUGGGGUCUUGAUAUUCUUGUGAGGCCUUUAUCUUCAUAAUUAGGCCCUUUCAGUGCCAGCCUAUGUCAGAAUUUGACUCCAAGAAGUCAUCUUUGUCACUCCUGACUGUAAGAAAGAAAAUCCUUCCAGAUAAAAUUGUAAAGUGGCAUUGAUUAAAAGAUGCCUUGGUUCUAGAAGUGAAAAGAAAUACAUUGGUCACUUUUGUAGUCCCAAUGACUGCUAUCCCCCCCCCCGCCCCCAUCAUGGGGAUUGAAUCUGGGGCUUUGCACUUAAGCCACACAAUGCCCCUCCUCCCUAGUCCUUUUAUUUGUGUUUUGUUUUGUUUUGUUUUUGAGAUUAAAGUCUUGCAAAAUUCGCCUGGGCAGGAACUUGGCAUCUUCCCACCUCUACCUGCUGAGCAGCUGGGGUUCCUGGCACACACCCCCACACCAGGCUGUCUUGGGAAGUGGGGAGUAUCCAUGUCCCUGUCCCUGUUCAAGGCUGACUUCCUGUCACGGCCUUAGCAAUGGCACGAUGGGGCGGCCAGAAUCGCAGUUCACAGAGAGCUCCAGCCUGUGAAUGUUACUUCCCAUGGCCAAGGGAGCUCGAAGACAAACGAUAGCAAGUUUUGAGAUCACUGGGUGAUUGAAGUGGGACCCGGGUAUUCCUAGGGAUCCUUAUGAAUGAAAGAGGGCAAGUUGAGAGACACCCAGAAAGGAAGGGGAGGACAUUUCUAUGCCUGCUGUGAAGAUGGAGGGAAGGGCCAUUAUGCUAAAGUGUCCUAGAGAAGCUGGGGGAGGCCAAAAGCAAGACUUUUGCCCCAAACCUUCCAGAGGAUAGCCCUUUGAUAAGGUUGUCCCAGUGAAACCAUUUUGGACUUCUUGAGAAUAGUAAGCUAAUAAACUUGUGUUGUUUAAAGCA